AUGGAAGUCCUCUUCGAUCGCCAGGAAUACGACCGUCUUUACAACUGCUCGUUAUACGAGCAAGGUUAUUUUGAUCAUAUGAAAGUUCCCAAUCGAGUGAUUGGCCUUUUCUAUAUUUUGAGUGGACUUACUUACAUUAGUCUUUACAUUCCCACCAUCUAUGUUAUGGCGCUACCCAAAUAUCGAAAAUUUUCUUGCUACAAAAUCAUGCUAUUUUUGGGUGAGUGCAAUUUACAACUUAGCUUUUGGAAUUUGAAAUCUUUUACAAUGCCUUGACAUAUUUAUAUUGUAAUUUUUGAAAUAAAAGUCAUACUUUUGAGAAAUUUCGAAACCAAUUUUGAUAGUGAAAGUGGUGACUAAAAACCACAAAAAAUGAAAUUCCAUUUCAGCGGUAAUCGAUUCGAUAUGCCUCACUAUGGUAUGUGUUUUGUAUGGCGUCUUUGCCUACAAAGGCAUGGUUUUCUGCGACUCCCCAAUGUUGUUUUAUGUUAGUGGAUGCAUUGGAACGGGUAAGGUUGUAAAGUCAAUUUUGAAUCUCUGCUUCGCCUAACAAGAUGGAAAAAAAAUUGCAAAUCAUUUCAAAUUCAUACCGGAAUUCUGGUCGAUUUCCAAUAGAAUGGUCGCUUGCUGAAAUGAACUUCAAUACGUGAUGUAAAAGUUGUGUCUAGCCUACAUUUUACUUCCGAAAAAAUGUUGUCACAAUUUACGAAAAUGCCAAGUUUUUCUACAAAUCUCGGCAGGCAAUAGACCAACCUACUGUAAGAAACUAGCACGUUGGCAAAUUCUCAAAAACUGUUUCUCUAAAUUACGUCCAAAUUUGUUGAAAUUUUUCCAAAAAUUCCUUCCCAGAAAACCUAUUCCCUUCAGCCCUAUGGAAUUGCACGUGCCUGACAGUGAUUGUCCUGGCAAUAAAUCGAUUGUGUGAUUUGCUGAACACCGGCUGGUUGCACGCGUUGUUCUCGAAAGGACGGACAAAAUAUUGGCUACUAAUACCGAUCAUCGACUUUGUCCUGGUGAUGUGGUACAGCCGCGUCUUCCUAUUCACAUCCGUUUAUUACGCCGAAUUUAACGAUCCGUAUGUGGGGACGAUUUUCGAAAACUUGGAUGAUACUAAAGUGGGUUUUGCACUACAGGGUGUUUCAAGAAAUUCCCCGGAAAGCAAUCGUCGAUUUCUCGGCGCUCAGCCACGAUAUCCAAAAAUUGGUGCACCAGAAAACAACAAAAAAAAAAUUGUUUAAAUUUCUCUUUGCCCUGCUGUUUCAAACAUUCGCGCGGUGGGCUCGACUUUAUCGAUAUUGCAGCGACUGCAUUGCACUGUGCAGUCGCUAAAUGGGAUCGCAUAGCGUUAUAUCCUGCCUCCUGAUCCAUUGUGCAAAAAAUCUGAAGACUUUCCGGAUGCUGCAGUGUCACAGUAAAGCGUUUUAGAUAAGUGUGAUGGUCAUAAAAGCGGUCAAAAGUCUUCGCCGAAUACACUGCAUUCCUCGUCGGCGAAGAAAAAAAUCUUUUUAGGCAAAAAACCGCCCAUAACCUUCUUUCUACUGCAAAAAAAAUUUUUUGGAUAUCGUGGCUGAGCGCCGAGAAAUCGACGAUUGCUUUCCGGGGAAUUUCUUGAAACACCCUGUACAAUAAUUUCCAAAAACAUCUCUUUUCAGUACCUUAGUUAUGCCACCACUAUCAAUGAUAUCGUGUCGCCGAUCAUCAUGGUCCUUUUAUACAGCGUAAUCUGCGUCCUUCUCCUGAUUCGGACUUAUAAAAUCAAGUUUGAUAGGGCAACCUCGACCGCCACGAGACUAACCAAUUUCCAAAAGACCGUAAGUUCCCUUCAAUUAUUGUAGGGGUUGGCAGUAUCACAAUCAACAUCAGACCCGUAAAAUUUUUCUUGGUCAGCCUGAUCGGGCAAGUAUACUGGUCGAAAAAAUUUUCUUUCCACCUCGUACCUCGGGAACCGCUGGGCCUAGAACCUCCAAAUUCAGCAUAGAAACAUUCUGGGCCAAUCUAACACCAUAUCCAAAAAAUCAUUUCAUUUGAUGCACUUUUUUUGCCAAAGACAAAAAACCGGAUUUUUUUGGGUAUGGUAUUAGAUUGGCCCAGAAUGUUUCUAUGCCGAAUUCGGAGGGUCUAGGCCCAGCGGUUCCCAUGAUACGUGAUGGAAAGAAAAUUUUGCCGACCAGUAUACGAACCGAAAUCAUUUCUUUUCAAAGUUUAUUGACCGGUCAAAGUAAGCAUGUGACCAGGCAGGUUGGUCAUACUUCCGGCUGGAAAUUGACCGGUCAAUCAUUUCUUGACCAACCUGACCGACCAUGCGACCAAUCUAACCGCUCCUAUUACCAAGUUGACAGGUAGUAUGCCCAGUCUGACCGGUCAAAUUGGGUAUAUCGGCGGUCAACUUGUAAUACGAUCGAUCGGAUUCGAUACAGGUCAAAUUUCGGACCAAAUUACACCUAAUUUACAUCUAUUCCUAUAUCCAUAACUUUUUUUCAUAAUUUUGCAAAUUUUAGACAGUAAUACAGUCCUGUUUGAUCUGCUGUUUAUUCGUCCUUUGCGGCGCUUUCUAUAACUACAUCAACAUUUUUGGUGGAACCGCCGGCCUAAUGACGCUGACCCAAAUAAUAUGGCAAAGCUGUCAUGGUAGGUGAUACAAUUUUAGAGCGAAACUAAUCGAAAUUGAUCUCAGGAGGACCAGUGAUCAUCUACUUGAUAUUCAACAGAUCUCUGAGGAACGAAUUCAAAAAAUUGAUGGGCGAAAUGACCAAAAAGAAUGUCUCAACGAUGUCUAUCAAUGAUACUGGCAAUUCGAAUCACAAUAACACUUGA